AUGCGCACCCACGAGACCCGCACGGAGGGCGUGCUCGACUGCACAGGCGCGCUCACCGUCCUCGCUACAAAGCUCACCGCUGUGGCGUAUAACUACCAGGACGGGCUCACGCUGCUGGAGGGGAAGGACGAAGGCGCGCAAGCCAAGGACGAGAAGGAGAGGAAGGAGUUGACCGAGGAGCAGAGACGGCGGGAGGAGCGGAUGGAGCGUUCGCGAUUGGAGCGGCGAAAGGCGGCGCUGGUUACCAUGCCGUCGGUGGUGGCGGUGAUGGGGUACCUGUUCUGCCUCGGGCUGCACAUGACGGGCCCCUUCUUCGAGUUCACCACCUACCAUCACUGGACCCAACGACAAGGGUCUGCGCGUUCCCUCCUGCCCAUCCCCGUCCGUCCUCACCACCUGCAGAUCUGGUCCGCGGGUGUCAAGCAGCCGCCCAUCCGCGCGCCAUUCUGCCGCGCGUUCAUCCAGGGCGUGCUCUCAGCGCUCGUCUUCCUGCUCGUGUCCCCCUCGCUCGACCUCACUCAAAUCAGCAACCUACACAAGAACCGCGCCCACCCCGUCCACGUGCGCUGGCUCGUGGCGCACCACGCGUGCAUCGUGUGGCGCUUCCGCGCGUACAUCGUGUGGAGCAUCACCGAGGCCGCCAUGAUCACCGCCGGGCUCGGCUUCACCGGCUGGGAGACCCCCACGGGGGACCCUGGGAAGGGCGGGGACGUGAAGUUGAACGGGGGGAAACUGGAGGGGGCAAAGGGGAAUGGGAAGGGCGGUGGGGAUGGGGAUGUGGGAAAGCAGGAGGGUGAUAGGACGUGUGCGGCGCCUGCAGGGGAGGGGAAGGCGCUGUGGAGCCGGGCUCGCAACGUGGACAUCCUGGGGCUUCCCGUCGCCCUCAUUCCAUCUUCCCGUCGCCCUCAUUCCAUCUUCCCGUCGCCCUCAUUCCAUCUUCCCGUCGCCCUCAUUCCAUCUUCCCGUCGCCCUCAUUCCAUCUUCCCGUCGCCCUCAUUCCAUCUUCCCGUCGCCCUCAUUUCCCGUCCCGUCGCCCUCGUUUCCCUUCCCGUCGCCCUCAUUUCCCUUCCCGACGCCCCCAUUUCCCUUCCCGUCGCCCUCAAUUCCCUUCCCGUCGCACUCAUUUCCCGACCCGGCGCACUUAUUUCCCUUCCCGUCGCCCUCAUUUCCCGUCCCGUCGCCCUCAUUUCCCUUCCCGUCGCACUCAUUUCCCUUCCCGUCGCCCUCAUUUCCCUUCCCGUCACCCCCCAUUACCCUUCCCGUCGCAAACAUUACCCUUCCCGUCGCCCUCAUUUCCCUUCCCGUCGCACUCAUUUCCCUCGAGUCCUCCCUCCCCCUCAUCCGCCCUUCCUCCACCUCUCCAUCCUCUCAUCCUCCCUUCAUCUCAUCCUCCCUUCCUCUUAUCCGCCCUUCCUCUCAUCCUCCUUUCCUCUCAUCCACCCUUCCUCUCAUCCUCCCUUCUCUCAUCCUGUCUCCCUCUCAUCCUCUCUCCCUCUCAUCCGCCCUGCGUCUCGACCUUCCUUCCUCUCGUCCUCCCUCCCCGUCUUCCGCCCUCCCCCUCAUCCGCCCUCCCUCUCAUCCUCCCUUCAUCUCAUCCUCCCUUCCUCUUAUCCGCCCUUCCUCUCAUCCUCCUUUCCUCUCAUCCUCCCGCCCUCUCAUCCGCCCUUCUCUCAUCCUCUCGCCCUCUCAUCCGCCCUCCCUCUCAUCCUCCCUUCAUCUCAUCCUCCCUUCAUCUCAUCCACCCAUACUCUCAUCCUCCCUUCCUCUCAUCCUCCCUUCCUCUCAUCCUCCUCUCCUCUCAUCCUACCCUUCCUCACAUCCUCUCUUCCUCUCAUCCUCCCUUCCUCUCAUCCGCCCUUCUCUCUCUCAUCCUCCCGCCCUCUCAUCCGCCCUUCUCUCAAGGGCUCGCCCUCUCAUCCUCUCUCCCUCUCAUCCUCUCUCCAUCUCAUCCUCCCUUCAUGA